ACUUUGGUGCCUUCGCUUCCAGUGGUGUAGUACAAUCUCUUGGAUCGAAAAGCCUGUUUCAGAGAAGUGUUACUAUUCGGCCUACUAAUAAUAAAUAGAUCCAGUAUCUUGCUUGACGGCAAAAGACUGAAAUUUACAACGGAGAAUAGAAACAUAACGCACAAAAAAUGCGCGUCGAAAUGAAUCUGAACAUUCAGGAAUCUCAGGGAUUGCGGGAUGAUAUUGAUAGCCGUAUAGCGGAGUUUAAACAGGAUUCGGAGAAAAUGAGCGAUCUCAAUUUUUUUGUCGAUGAAGUGCUCAACGAAGCACAGAAAAGCGCUGAAGUUAAGCUUCAAGACAAAUUGGCGGAAGAGAGACCCCGUAACGGGAACAAACUCUUGAGUGGGCUGAAACAGCACCGCGUCGUGACUCGGACAAGGGGUAUUGUGUUGAGAAUUUUCGAGGCAAUAUGCAACUGCACGAAUUCAGCUACACUGCCAGGACAAAGGCCAGGACCAGCUACAGGUGCCCCAGCCACGACAACAACGGCUUCCGAGAAUAAGUAAUCCUAUGCAAGUGUCAAAGUAUCGCGACACAUGCAAUAAUGCUAAACAGAUUUUUUAGUUAUGCAAGUGAUAAAAAAUCUUUACAAAUAAAUAAGAUAAUCGUACAAUAGGAAGGUGCAUACUAUGUAGGAAUCCAACCGUUAAACCACCGUCAGUUUUUAAGUAUCGAUGUAACUAUCGGCAAAACCUACAAUCAGCUAUUGAAGUCAUAUGUUCACUUACAACACAGAAACCUUCCAUCACAAUUGUAGUAUGUAUUUUGGAAUCCAAACCGCAACGAUUUGAUCUCACAAUUUGAAUGAAUCAAUUUUUUCGUGUCUUAUAACAAUUGGACCGCAUUAGAAACUGCAUUUUUUGGAACUUUCUACGAGUCCCUAUUUGGUGUAUAGAACUGCUAUCCUGGUGAUGGGAUACAAAAACCUAUGGAUGUUAGAAAUAGUAUCUUAGUUUUGCAAAACAUGUAUUCCAGGAACUGAAACAUAUGUAACACUGUGUACAGACCAUAUUCAAUAAAACGCACAAUGGUGCCAGAUGUAUA